GAUAAGUGAAACUGGGCUAGUGCACAUUGUUAGUAAGGACCAUCGUUUGACGCACAAUGAAGCUCCUUUCACACGUCCUUUCACUGGUUGUAAUGUUAGCUUCACAGAAAUGUCAGGAAUCGGGAGAUUGGACUGAUGAAAUAGAUCCAAGCAUCCUAUAUAAAUGGUUUUCUGAGGAUGGUUUUCUAGACAUUGAAGACAUCAUUAGAGAAUUUGAAAUUUCAGAAGUCCCGGAGCCCAACAUCACAGUGUACCGACAGAUGGAGGACAGAGAGAAUGUGAUCGUUCUGUGCAAGUUUGCCGAAAUGUUUGGAAUGACAUUCAGAUGGCGGUCUUUUGAUCUGUCUGUGGAGAGUGAACUGAACUACACAAUGGAGCUAGCGGAAUGCUCUUCUUCAGAUUCUUCAGAAAUAUGUGUGUAUCUGGUCACUGUGAGUCCACCUGCUUCCUUCACCUGUGUGGAUGAGUUUGCAUUUAGUCCAGAUGUCAUAGACCGGCGCAGCCAAACCUACAAUUACAGUGGGUCAGGAGGAGUAUCUUUAUUCUACAUCUGCUUUUUCUCCUUCAUUGCUGUUGGUCUCUUCAUCAUGACUGCAGCAGUGAUCGUGACCAACAUCAGGAGCAAAACUAAAGACCCCAUCAACCCCACAGCAGUUACCGACAAUGACUACGUGGAAGCAUAAAAAUCACUAUCCGAAGAGAACAGAACAGGCCUGAGGAAACAUAAAAAUUAAAAUAUAAAAUAUAUAUACAUAAAAAUAUAUGCAUUAUUCAACUAACUGUUUGCUUUUCAUUUUAUUUGCAAUGUAUAAAAUACAUUAUUACAAGUACUAUUUUUUUUUUUUUUAAAUGUAAUCUGUUGAGAUUUUUUUUUUUAUUACAGCAAAAGCAAAUUAAUGUAAAAUUUCUCAUUUGUAUAUCUGUGUAUCUGCUUCACUUACAGCAAAAUAUUUGAAUUCUGUCCACAUACAUGGGGCAAAAGGUGUGGUAUGGUAUAUUUCAAAAAAGUUUUAUAAGAAAAAAGUAAUUACUUGCAUGCAUUAAUGUGAUCUGUUCUUUGUUGUUUUUAUUUUUAGCAAUAAAAAUAAAAUAACUAAAAUAACUAUAUUGUGAAAUAAUUUUUUUUUUUUUUUUUUAUUGUGAAAUAAGAUUUUGGUCAUAUUGCACACCCCAAACAAAGUCUGCAAUAGGGCUGAAACUUUAUCAACAAAGUCAACAAUAAAAAAAUUGUCAACUAA